UAUAUUUAUCUCUGAAUCGAGUUCAUAGAGUAAAAUUUCGAGUAAGAGUAGGAGCAAAUUUUCAGAGUAAAUGAGAAAUAGGCGGAGCUUCUUGCAAAGUUAAGUUUCGUUUUCCAGCCAUAUUGCAUUUUCUAUCACCACUGCUGCUGAAGUCACGGAACAGCUCUCUGGAGGGAGAAAUUCGCUGGAUUUGAAAGAUGGAAAACACCACCGUUGUCAGAGUGAAAUAUAAAGAUCAGAAGAAAUAUGUGUUUUCUCCAACAACAUUUACAUUCGAGUCAUUUUUGGAAUGUGUUGCCAGGAAAUUUGACCUUCCGACAAUGGACAUUAAAGUCUUUGAUGAGUCAAGGACCGAGGUUGAUCAGGAAGCUUUUGCAUACUUGAUGAAGCAGCCAGAUGUUCAUGUCCUGGAAAUUGAUAUCCCAGAGGAAGGAACAUCUGAAGAUUCCGUUAGCUCAGGCUCCCUUGCUGAUGCUGAGGCUAGUUCUGGAUCUGAUGACACUGUGAUACUGACCCCUAGCCCAAGACAAUUAAAACAAGGAGAGGAACGUCGUCUUGCCCAAAUGGUUGAAGACAUCUUAAAAGGAAGCCCAGGAGGGGACAAGAUCAUGAAUGAAUAUGCUCGGACAAAGUACCUGUCAGAUAGCAGAAGGCGUGACCUGGUGAAGAUAUUGGUUGCUCAUAUGACAAAUGAACAUGGAACAAGCCCGCCUCGGCAUGUGAAGGAAGACUACGCACUGGGUAUCAUCUCCCUCUUCCCCUAUUUGGCUGACCCAAGGAGCAAGCUUGGCUAUGAACAUUAUUACAACGCAGAAGAUGGAAGUGGCUAUUUGGCUUGGAGAAUUAAAACUCUGCAGAAAGAAGCAUCAGAGGGACGAGUUAAACGUCCACGACCUUCACAAGCAGGUGGGCCAUCUGUUGAUAGAGAUCCUUGCAAGGAAGGCAAUUGGUUGAGCGAUGAACGCCAGUGUCAGGAAGCAAUUGCUCUGAUGAAGCACACAGCUGAUGAAUCGGUGGUGAAGGAAAAGAUGAGGUUGACCCUAGUCUAUCGCCAGAAGAUUCUGCGUGACACUGACAAAUCAACUGAUAUCCUAUCCAUUUUUCCAAGAUUCAUGGACAUACCAGGCCUGAUCGAGCAGGAUUUUGCACUUCUCUUUGGUGACUCAACCUCUGCAAAGCUGAUGGAGAAAUGGUCCACCAACAUAAAACCAAAAGUCAUUGCACAGAGCCGUGGCCUGACACAGACUGCGGAUCUCCAAGACCUCAUCCAGAAUGCUCUUGCUACUGAAGUUGAAGAAGGUUGGGACAGUGACAUGUCGUCCAUACUGUUGCUGGUCCACCUUCUACCACCCUCCAAUCCAGGGCGCAAAAGGCCAGGAAAGAUUUCCGCUCAUCGAGCCUGUGAUCAUGUGGUGAAAUUCAUCAAGACUGGUGCCAGCAUUCAGGGCCAUUUGGAGGGCAUCACACAGAGUGUCCAGCCAUAUCUACUUGCAGUUGGACCAAAGAAAAGUAUGAUCCAAUCUUACUUCAUUGUUGUUGACAAACAGGCCUUGCCAUGCAAGUCCUCCAAUUCACUGGCUGCAUUCGAUGAGCUUUUUAAAGCUCAUUAUGUUUUCAGUACCACUUACUGCCAUGAGCUCACAAAUGUGUUCACUUUCUUGCAAACAACCAUCUAUGACAUAGAUGUUGAAAUUACCAAAGUCAAUCCAAGAGUAGCUGAGCUUAGAGCACGAAUGCUGCAGUAGACAGAAUGAUUUGUUUCAUUUGUCAGAAGAGUCAUGCUGAUGCUAAUAGCCUCAUACGGCACUUUAAACUUGUUCAUGGUCUUUGUUCGGGCAAAAGCCUGAAGUUAAAAUGUGGCCAUAGAGGCUGUUCCCAUGUAUAUCAUAGUUUUUCAGGUUUGCGAAAGCAUCUCAGUAAGUGUUGUACAAAUGACAACUUGAAUGUUGAUGAUGGGGAAUGUUCCACCUUCACAAACUUCAUUUCAUCCGAGGAGACAGACUUGCCAGAUCAGAGUUCACCUUCUGAGCCUGUACUACUAGAAAGGCACAUAGCCAAAAAUUGUGCAAAUAUUGUAGCAGAACUUAAGCGUGUUGGCAAUCCAGUUACUACUAUUGAUUUAACUGUGAGUACUGUACAAGAAGUAAUUGGAGACCUUGACCGUCUAAAACAAGUGCAGUUGAAAAAUAGCCUUGACUUACAAGAGCCAAUGAAAAGUGUGGUUGAGUCUAAAAUUGAUCAGUGUUUUGAGAAUGCAUUGGAUCCUUUCCUUCCUUUAAACACUGAGAGUAAGAGAAUGAAAUACUUUUCUGAGAAAUGGGGAAAAAUUGAUCCAGUUGAAUAUGUUCUAGGGACACGAUUUGCUACACGUUUUAUCAGAACAAGUGGAGGCUAUGGCCAAACCAUUGUCAAGGAUAAAUUCAUGUACAUACCAAUUCUCGAGACGGUGAAGUCUAUUUACCAGCAUCCUGCUAUAAAUGAUAUGAUGGCUAGAGACCCCAAACAAAUGGAAAACUUGCUGUAUGACAUACAAGAUGGAGAAUUCUUUAAGGAACAUGAUCUCUUCUCCAAACAAGUGCACACUGUACAGUUGCAAUUAUUCUUUGAUGAAAUGGAAUGUGCCAAUCCAAUUGGAAGUAAGCGGGGAAUUCACAAACUUGGUGCCAUCUAUUUUACCCUGAGAAAUGUGUCGCCCAAGUACAACUCGAGUUUACUGAAUAUUCAUUUGGUUUCGUUAUUCCAUGCCCAAGAUAUCAAAACAUACGGGUUUGAUAAGAUACUAGCACCCCUUGUGAAGGAUAUCUCAACACUUGAAACACAGGGAAUUCAGCUUCCUCAAUUUGAUCAUCCCAUCUAUGGGACCAUUAUCCAAGUGACUGGUGAUAACCUAGGUCUUCAUUCUUUAUUUGGGUUUGUGGAAUCGUUUAGUGCUAGGUACUGUUGCCGUUUUUGCUUACUGGAAAAGGAGGACUUUCAGACAGUAUUCAGUGAAGAUGAUCCCAAAAUAUCAUUUCGAACUAAACAGCUUCAUGUUGAACAUUGCCAGAAAAUGCAGACCAACCCCACGCUACCUUAUGUGAUGGGAGUUAAAAGGUCUUGCCCUUUGAAUUCUUUGCAAUAUUUUCACACCAGUGCAAACUUCUCGGUUGAUAUUAUGCACGACAUAUUAGAGGGCGUUGCACAGUAUGAGAUGAAAUUGCUCAUUGAGCAUCUCAUUCAUAAUUACACCACAUUAGCAGAAGUACAACGAAGAAUUCAAAGUUUCAACUAUGGUUUCACAGAGCAAAAAAACAAACCUCCUGGGCUAAGAAUCUCUGAUGCCAAUGACUUGGGUUUAAACGCCAGUCAGAGCUGGUGUCUUUUGCGUCACUUUCCAAUUAUGUUUGGAGAUCUUGUGAAUCCCAAUGAUCAGCACUGGUACCUUUUUAUUUUGUUGCUUCAGAUUGUCAACAUUGCUUUUUCUUCAGUUAUAUCCCAAGGCAUCACCAUAUAUUUGAAGCACCUGA